AUGGCACCCGCUGUCACCUUGAACCAUGACACCGACACACCACUAAGGUCGCCAGACAAGCUCGACACCAUCGCCCGUUCGUCCAAGAGCAGCCACACAAUCCCAAUCGAUCCCCCCUUGAACCCAAAGCAUCGGUGGUGGUGGGACAGGUGCGCGCCGCUGCUGAACAGCCUUCUCAACAGCGCGGGAUCGUACACCCCUGAAGAGAAGGCGGACCACCUGCGCGUCUUCCGCGAUGUCGUCGUGCCUUCGUUCGGGACGCCGACGCCCGAGGCCAAAGUCAAGCCCCUCCUCACGUACGACGGCUCGACCUUUGAGCCGUCGUGGAACUUCACCAAGGGCGACGACGGCGUCAUCCGCUACACCUUUGAGCCUCUCGGCGACAACGCCGGUUCCGAGGAGGACCCCUUUGCCGGCGAGAUCGGCCGCUCCAUGAUGCCCGUCCUCUCCCGGGUCUCGUCCGACGUCGAUCUGCGGUGGUACGAGCAGAUCGUCAACGCGUGGUUCGUCACGCCCGACGAGGCGGCCGCGGCGCGGCAAAACAUGCCCGCCUCCGUCCAGCGCAUCCCCCAGGUCUUCCUCGCCUACGACAUGAAGCGCGCCAAGCGCGUCCUCAAAGCCUACCUCUUCCCCGUGCUGAAGCACUUCGCGACGGGGGCCACGACGUCGGACCUCGUCUUCGACCUGAUCCCCAAGCUGCAGCCCUUUGGCGACAAGCUCGCCGCGCCGGCCGCGAAGCUGCGGAAGUACCUGGCAGGCUGCAGAGAGCCGUGCCUCGUCGAGAUGAUGGCCAUCGACUGCGUCGACCCGGGGAAGGCCCGCGUCAAGGUCUACGCGCGCACGGCGUCCAACUCCCGAUCCGUGCUGGCGGACGUCUUCACCCUCGGCGGGGCCCAGACCGACGAGGUGACGCUCAGGGGCGUCGAGACGGCCGAGAAGGUCUGGCACCUCCUGCUCGACGAGCCGGAGGGCAUGACGCCGGACCAGCGCAAGGAGUGCCGGGACACGCGCACCCUGCACAAGGGCAUCUGCUUCGCGUUCGAGCUGAGGCCCGGGGCGGAGCGCAUCGACAUCAAGGCCCAUCUGCCGUGGGGCCAGACUUCACGGAGCGAUGCCCGGACAGUGGACAACUUCUCCCGAGCGUUGAGGAACCUGGGCUGGGACGAGUCUGCGGACAAGUUUCACAGAGGAGCCUCUGCGGCCGCCAAACUGUGA